GCAGGAGAGCGCAUUCUGGGGGGACGUCAUAUGACGUCCACCCAGAACUGGCCGGCCGCAAGUAGGGAUCGGCACUGAUCAUCAGGGCACUGAUGAUCAGUGCCCUGAUGAUCGGUGCCCAGCAGUGCCACCCACUAGCUCUGCCCACCUGUGCUCAGCAGUGCCACCCACCUGUGCCCAGCAGUGCCACCCACCUGUGCCCAGCAGUGCCACCCACCUGUACCACCCACCAGUGCCACCCAUCUGUGCCCAGCAGUGCCACCCACUUGUGCCCAGCAGUGCCACCCAUCAGUGCAACCCAGCAG